AUGGACCAAGCGACGUUCGCGUCCCCAGCGAUGACCUUCAAUGUUUUAGCAUCGACUGCACCAGUCCUUGCGCCGCGAGUAGGAAGAUUGGCCAUUCCAGGCCGCAAGGCCCUCGUAACGCCGCACCAUGUCCCGCUCACUUCGCGGGGCACAGUCCCACAUGUUGCGCACGAUGUGAUGCGCGAUCACACUGGAAUUAACAGCUUGUAUGCUGGAUUGGAAGACUUCAUCGCGAGCAAGGACGCCCCCGUAUACAAGACACCCGCCGCAAAUCAUGAAUCGCCAAUGAAGAAAUUCAUAUGUGUAGCAGAGGAUAUGCCUUUGAUCCUAGGGCCGCGGCGAUUCCCUCCGAUCCGAUGCCCGCCCGCAAACACUUCAGACUCCAUCGCGCUGCUAACGUCUGUCGGAUUUACUCAGUUAUCUGCGACUGAGUAUGUGAAAGCAAUUCAAAAACUGAGACCGGAUAUUGCAAUUGGAAUGGUGGAUUUGGCUAAUAAACAGCCCGGAUCUAAGAGGCGGGGAAAGAUGGUUGAUAGAACACAUGCUUGGACUCGCGAUGCAUUGGAGGAGCUCUAUGGGGACGCUGUGGCAGAGGAAAACAAGUCGAAGAGCGCAUUCUUUGCACCAGUGUUGCCUCUUGAUAAUGCGCAGCAAUCACUCUAUCUGGAUGACUUGGAGAGCGAGUUCCGGUGGGACAUCUCCGGCCUGGCUCUAUAUCAGUCUGCGUCUUUGGGAUUCGUCCCAGAAUCUUUGGCGAACCUUCCUCGGUUGUUGUUCAGUGAACCGGAGACUCCCCACACUAUUCUACGUGAUGUAUCCCUUGGAGCAGACCUUUUGACCACGCCUCUGCUUGGCGUAUCGUCAGACGGCGGUAUCGCGAUGGACUUUGUCUUCCCUGCUCCAGCUGCCCUGCAAGAGGGCAAAUCCGAGCGUCGGCCUUUCGGGGUGGAUCUAUGGAUUGGAGAUCACGCUACAGAUACAUCUCCGCUGGCCGAGGGAUGUGAAUGCUAUACUUGCAAGAAUUACCAUCGUGCUUAUAUCCACCAUCUCUUGCUUGCCAAGGAGAUGACCGCUUGGGCGCUCCUUCAAGUCCAUAAUUUCCACGUCAUGGAUACCUUCUUCGCAGGAGUGCGGGAGAGUAUCCAAAGUGGAUCCUUUGAACAGGACGUUGAGACGUUUGCUCGUGUCUAUGCCUCUUCAAUGCCGGAGAGUAGUGGAGCAGGUCCUAGACUUCGUGGAUAUCAACUCCCGGCCAACGGGCCUAGUCAGCCCCGCCGUAACCCCAAGGUAUAUGGCAAACUUGAGGACGCUAUGCAGAAGUUCGUCGAGUCUCAGACCCAAUCUGAGAUCGCUACACCGGACACCGACGCGAGCGGACUCGAGGAACACGGAUUUGCCGAGAAGUUGUGA